CCCAUUUCAUUGAUGAAACUUACUCAUUAAUAUUAUUUCCAAUGGAAAUGCAUAGCAAAGAGACACAAUCCUUGCCCCAUACUCUGUGCCUAACACAGAAAAAUACUACUACUACUAUAUCACAUAAGAACCAUUUUUCAUCAAUAACUAGAUUUCAUGCUGGUUAUUUUAGAAUAAGCCUUUCUUUAUGCGGCCAAGCAUUAUUAUGGAAAACAUUAAGUGAGCCAUCGGAUGAUAUUCAUAAGUUUAGAAAUAUUUUUCGGUUGCUUCCCUCUACAGCCUUUAUUCUUCUUUGGUCCUUAGCCUUAUUUUCAUUAGUAUCAAUCUCUUUACUAUAUCUACUUCGUGUCCUUUUUAACUUUGACAUGGUUAAAAGGGAAUUCUUGCACCAUGUUGGAGUGAAUUACCUUUUCGCCCCGUGGAUUUCUUGGCUCGUCUUGCUUCAAGCAACCCCGUUUUUCAAACCCACAGAGGCUUAUUUUCUUCUACUUUGGUGGAUCUUUGUUGUACCUAUAGUGGCACUGGAUAUUAAGAUAUAUGGACAAUGGAUCACAAAGGGGAAGCGCUUUUUAUCAGGAGUGGCAAAUCCCACGAGCCAAUUAUCGGUUAUUGGGAAUUUGGUGGGAGCAAGGGCAGCUGCUCAAAUGGGAUGGAAUGAGUGUGCACUUUUUUUGUUUGCAAUUGGAAUGUCACACUAUUUAGUGCUUUUUGUGACACUUUAUCAGAGGUUGCCAGGAAGUAGUUCAAUUCCGGCAAUGCUAAGGCCGGUGUUCUUCUUGUUCUUAGCUGCUCCAAGCAUGGCUGGCUUGGCAUGGGAUUCUAUUUACGGAAAGUUCGAUUCUUUAUCCAAGUUGCUCUUCUUCCUCUCCCUUUUCCUCUUCCUCUCACUGAUAUCAAGACCAGCGUUAUUUAAGAGAUCAAUGAGGAAAUUCAAUGUAUCAUGGUGGGCAUAUUCAUUCCCUUUAACAGUGAUGGCAAUUGCAUCAACCAAAUAUGCUCAAGAAAUGAAGAACACUGCUUCACACAUAUUAAUGUUGCUUCUUUCUGGACUAUCAGUCAUAGUAUCACUUGUGUUAAUGAUUUUCACUGCGUUUAAUUCCAGUUCACUUUUACCGAACGAUGGGGAUGAUACAACACGCAACACUAGUAAUCAACGGUUGUCAAUUGUAUAAUUGUAAUUACAAUUUUUAAUUACUUAGUACUUAUUAAUUAGUGUUUGUUCGAAUUCUUAGAACGAACACUACGUAUGUAACAUUAGUCGAGAGGCUACUAGUUAGGCAUUCAUUAAUGACUUUGUAUUACGUAUUUCCGAUCAAAGUUGGAAGUAUCUAAACUGUUCUAUAUGACUUCUUCUAGUGGACUUUAUUUUUCCUUGUGGAGAAAAUUGAAUGAUAUAUGAAGAAAGUUCUAUUGGUCUUUAAAUUAGUAUGCCUACGGACUAUUUUAUUUUGGUUUA